CUUGCAACCAUUUGUUUGACGAACUUUAACCUUAGUGAUGGGCCAAUCUUCUUGGAGUGCUUGAGAGCCUGACAGUGUGGGACUCCUUGGCCACCAGGGGACGCCGAGGUACCUCUGCUCGUAUCGGAUCUUAUUCAUCCAAUAGCACCCCACUCUAUGUUAGGAGUACUAAAUCAAAAUCAAAAAUAUCUUUCUAGAUAUUGUCCAUCGAAUUUGAUGGGCGAGCCGAAAAACAACACCAGAAAUCUUUGACCUAUCAGUGAUCCUCUAUAUCGCGUCAAGAUCAUACUAUAAGUACCAGCCGGUUUCUCCCAGCCAAUUCCCAAGUCCCAAGUAAGCUCUGGGAUGGAUUCAAACUCCUCCUCAUCACCGUCAUUGCAUAAUGAUUCCUCUACACAGACUUCGCAACAGAGGUCAGCAAAGACCAUACUGCACCACUUCAAAAAACACGUAGGUGUCGGUAUCAUAUGCGCAGUGGGCUAUUUCGAUCCCGGUAAUUGGAGCGUCGACAUUCAAGCAGGUGUCAGCUUUGGGUAUCGACCUAUGCUAUUCGUCAUUUUGCUCGCCGGAAUCAUUGCAAUCAUUUUGCAGGCACAUUUGGCUCAUCACUGUAGACUACUUCUUCAUGACCAUCCAAGGCAUCCACGGUUGGUCCGGCGACUUGUCCUGUAUCCUCUCUAUGCACUAUGCGAAAUAGCCAUCAUCAGUACGGACCUUGCAGAAUUACUUGGUUCGGCAAUCGGUAUUUGCCUGCUUUUUCCAAAACUCCCCUUGUGGUCUGCCGUGCUCCUUACCGGUGUCGACGUUUUCAUCUUCCUCAUCAUAGGCGACCCCUCGCGGACAGGACGUCGAGUGCGAUUUUUUGAACUUGUGAUUAUAAUAUUGGUUGCAAUGGUCUUCAUAUGUUUCAUCUUGCUGCUAGUCAAAGUCCACCCGGACUGGCCACAGGUGUUCUUAGGCUUUGUGCCAUCUGCGGGUCUUCUCCAGACACAGCCUAACGCAGUCUAUGCAGCUAUUGGAAUUAUUGGUGCUACAGUCAUGCCCCAUGCGCUGUUUCUGGGUUCGAAUCUUGCAGCCCAGGAUCGUGUUUCACAACCGCCCAAGCCACUUCCCACACCUGCGGAUGCAAGGCGACUGUCAUUUUUCGAAAGAUUUAAACGGUUUUGGAGGAAAAUUUUGUUCUUUUCACGAUCAGAACAUGAUGACGGGAAAGACUAUGCCACUCGACACGAGUUUCGUCAGAACAACUCGAUAGAAUUUAUUCGCGCUCAUCUUGGUCACGGAACUGUCGAUCUCGUAUUUAGUUUAUUGGGACUUGCGGUGCCAAUCAAUUCGGCGAUAUUGAUUUUGGCUGCUGCUAUGUUCUACUCGUCCGAUAACAACGACUCAAUCGGACUGGAAACUAUGCAUACCUUGAUAUCACAAAGCCUUGGGUCAGCCGCGGCAUUAAUCUUUGCACUCGCCCUCGUCUGCUCAGGCCAAACUGCCAGCAUUACGGCAACGCUUGCAGGCCAGAUUGUCUCCGAAGGAUUCAUAUUGUGGAACAUUUCUCCGUUUAUCCGCCGUCUUCUCACACGCCUGAUCAGUCUAAUACCCUCUAUGAUCGUGGCUAUUUCAUCUGGGGGGGCAGGAAUUAACACUCUCCUCAUUGCAUCACAAGUUGCCCUGUCCGUUGUCCUCCCCUUCGUCGCAUUUCCCCUCAUCUACCUCACGUCGUCAAAAAAGGUGAUGUCUGUCAGAACGCCGAACGUGAUUCAGGAAAAACUCAUCAAGACCCCGCCGACACCUUCCACACAUACGGUAUCCCCUGUUUCUGACGCACACCGGCCCCCCUCACCUUUAGCCACUAUCAUCACUGUUGCUGAGCGAGACAUUGAAAGUCAUGAUGGUUCGAUCAAGCAUUCGUCAACACAGGCAUGCGAAACACAGGAAUACAGCAUUAUCGACUUCAGUAAUGGAUAUAUUGUAACAACUCUUGCAUGGGCCAUCUGGGUUGUGAUAUUGCUUGCCAACGUCUAUGCUGUGGUCAUGCUUGGAAUGGGACAAACGUAAGAAUGUUUGAAUAGUAUAUGUUGUAGUUUUUAUUGUGGACUUUGUACAUUGUGGUGUUUUAUUUCCAAAUCUUAGCUUCGUUUGAAAACGGGCC